AUGGUGAAUAUGCUUUGUUCACUAAAUAUUUUUAUCAGCUUUUUGCUGAUAAGCGGGAUUAAUUCAAUUUUGAUUGUGAAAAAUGUAACAGUUCAUAGUGAUUUUUUGAGAGAAGCAUUUUUGAAUGAAAUACGAAGUAAUAGCGAAUUUGCAGAAAUUGGAGGAGAAAAUCUGAAUCAAUAUGAUUCGAAAAAGUGUAUUCAAAGUUUGAGAGAGUUGACCAAAGUCGGCAGUUCUCAAGGUGUUCGGUUUUUCGAUUCCUGGGGUAAAAUUCCAUCAGGAAUAAAAAGUUUUAACCUUUAUGAUGUUGGACUUUUCGAUCAGUGCAUUGAAACUUCAGUUCCACUAUCGGAUUUAUCGAUUGAUGAAGUAUCUGGUCAAUUUUGUUUUGCUGAAUUGCCUCUGACCAAUGCAACUUUAAUGAAUGAUGAAGUUAAAAGUUUUUUAAAAGCAAAUAUUGGUAUAUGUGUGCCGAAUAGCUGUAGUCCUGAAAUUAUAACUGAAAUUUUGAAGAAAUCUUUGCUUACAUCUUCUAAUGGAGUUCUUUCGGAUGUUACGGUUACACAAUGUACAAAUGGAAAGAGGCCACCUUUGAAGGUCAUUCAUGUUAUUGGAAUAUUUGUGUUUUCAAUGGUUCUAGCCUUGAUGGUAGCAAGUACUGGUUAUGAGUUUUAUAUCAAUAAUACUGGCAAAAAACCAAUACCAGUUUUGUUGGCAUUUUCAAUAUUAACAAAUGGAAGGAAACUAUUUGCCAUCAAUACUACCAAAUCACCAAAUAGUAUUGAUUGUUUAACAGGCUUAAGAGUUUUAUCAAUGCUCUGGAUUAUUGAUCAUCAUACGCAUUACAUUCAAAGUUUUAUUCCAGCAUUGAAUCAAAUAAUGUACAAAACAUACAUGAAAGAUUCAAUAUGGUCAUUACAUUGCUUAAAUGCACCCAUUGCUGUGGAUACAUUCUUCUUUAUUUCUGGACUUUUGGUAGCUUGGGCUGGAUUUAAAGGAUUAGAUAUAACAAAUGGCAAAAUGAAUGUCGUUAUGAUGUAUGUUCAUCGUUAUAUCCGACUGACACCUGCUGUUGCUGCUGUAUUAUUGUUCAACUACAGUUUGAAUGAAUAUAUUUUCAUAGGGCCCUUCAGAGAGGCGAUGCUUAAGAAUAAUAGAUGUGACAGCAAGAAUUGGUUGUCAAUUCUGCUCUACAUUCAGAAUUAUAUUGAAAAAACAAACAAUUGCCUGGAUGAAACUUGGUAUUUAGCUGUUGAUUUUCACCUUUACCUCAUCUCUCCACUUCUGUUGAUUAUGAUGUGGAAAUAUGGCAAGAAAUUUGCACCAGUUUUGCUUGUCCUUGCGCUCUCUUCAAUUGCAUACGUUAUUUCUGCCUUCAUCAAAAUGGGAUUUACUGGUCUUGUUCUAGGAACAAACUGGGGCGAUUGGUGGGUAACAAAUAUUCCAACACACGCCAGAAUUGCAGCUUGGUUAGUUGGAUUUGCGCUGGGUUAUUUUAUGCAUGUUAAUCGUCACAAAACUUUCAAUAUACCAAAGCCUCUCCAAAUACUUGGAUGGAUUGUUAGUUUUUUAACAAUGUUCUUCAUUGUUUUUGGAGUAUAUUAUAUUAUGGAUGAAAAUGGCCGUUCUACCAACCUUGUAGCUGCAUUAAAUGAAGGUUUAAAACGUGUCUCAUGGGCAACAGCUAUUGCGUGGAUAACAUUUGCAUGUCAUAAUGGAUUUGGAGGUGUUGUAAAUUCAUUUCUUUCACAUCCACUUUGGCAACCAUUGGCACGUCUAUCUUAUUGUUUAUUCUUGAUUCAUAUGACUGUUAUGAGAAUUAAUUUGGGUUCAUAUCGAACGCAAAUAUAUGUUUCAGAGUUUGUUACGAUUCUAAAUUUUUGGAGUGCAUUUGGACAAUCAUUGUUUUUUGCUAUUUUCUUAACUUUGGGAUUUGAAUUACCAAUUACAGUAUUGGAAAAAUUCAUAUUCUACAAAGAGAAAACAGUUGAAAAGAAGGAAAAAUAA